CUGGAAUAGGCAAUUCAUGAUCCUCACUGCAGUCCCGUCACUCAGCAUCUUAUGGUUGACUCCGUUGUCGGGGCAAGACGAUUUACCCACCUGGCAGCGCCGUUAGGCUACUUUCGAGUCUGUGUGGCCGGUUGAGUGUCGUCCUUUCCCGGCAUCAUCUCCUGGCAUUCUCUCAAAAUACAUUCCGCAUUGCGUGCACAACAUGACGUCUUUGAAACAUCAAGAAUCGAAAGCGUCUCUGCUUUCGCAGAAUGAUGAAGCUUCCCCGCUGGAUUAUUUUCUCCGAGUUCAAUUACCGAACGAUAUGACAACGGUGAUUCAAGUUCAGGGUGACAUGACUAUGUGGGAGAUACUCUGCGUAAUUAGCUCAAAGAAGCAGCUGACUCCUUCCCAUCACAUCGCAAAGAUGGUGUACUCGGAUGGGAAAGAAGAGAUCGCUGACGAAGCUAGAGCGUUGAAUACAUACCAUGGAUUGGAGCGGGUUAUAUUGCAGAAGCGAGCAGGUGAAACUGCGAAUCCAGCACGGAUGCGGCAGGGACGUAGAGCAUCGGUUGUACUAAAUGCCCCAAAACCAAGCGCCAUUCGUAUGUCCUCCCAAGAAUUUCCCAAGACGGUUACAGACGAAGCAGCACUUGCACUGCGGCUAGCAGCUGGCAAAGCUGACACGAGCUUGCUGGCGCGGAGAGGCAAGACCAUCAAAAAUGUCGCGAUGCUCUUCUUUAACAAAAAGUCAGCGACAGAUAUGUCCGGUGAACUGGGCAGUCUGAGCUCCACUCCACCGGAAUCUCCAAGACCCCCUAGCGGGUUGUCCCAGAGCGAGAACAAUACGAGCUCUUUGUCUCUUACGAUGACAGACGAGGACAAGGCUGAGAAAAAACCUGCUGGCAGGUUCAGCACUACUAGCAGGCUUGGUGUUGAGGCACCGUCGCCUAUUCAAAGUGCAGACUCCAGUCUCCAGAGCAUGGACUCUGACCUGGAUACAUUGGCGUCGUAUGAUGGAAAAAAGAGCCCUCCUAACGGUACUUACCCAAUUCUACCACCGUUACCGAAUCAAUCUGGAAACAACUUGAAAGCCUUCAGUAACGACGUAUCCCGUGAAGCUCCUAAAAAUCUGCGUCGUAGUGUGACCUCGCUUGGGUUUAAUUUCAUGUCCGGCGAUGCUUGCGACCGUGAAUCUCUCACUAACUCGUCGCAGUCAAUCAGCAUACCAGAUGGCAAGAAUAAUAGUGCAGGGGCCAUUGACGAACCAACUUUAACCUCGAAUUUGUCUUCUGACAUGUUAUCACUGUCGAGAGCGGAUUCUUUAGUGGCUCGUGAACCACAAGCCCGAGAAAAAAUUCGGAAGCGCACAAUCUCGUCACCAGCAACAAGCGGCAGCUCCGGCUACUCCACUCUCCGUCGGCCUGUAUUGCGCACCAAUCGUCAACGUUCGAACACGGACGUUCUUUCGGGCAUUGAAACCGCGAUAGAAGUACCUGAAGGUCCCAUGAGCGCCGACUAUGCUUUGACGCUUAACACCCCCACCACGCCCAUACUUGCGGACGAUCCAAAGCGAGUUGUGCUGAAAGUUUCUCUGCCAGACCUACAGAGUACUACUAUCAUGAUUCAACCGGACCUCACGAUGGAAACAGUUCUGCUCAAUAUUUGCCAGAAGCGUAAAUUGGACUUUGACCAUUAUACACUGGACGUACCAAAGGAGGGCGUGACAGUGGAGAUGGAUCGUCCUCUUUCAUAUUACAUUCAAGAAGGGAUUAAUGAAGUAAUGGUUGUAAGGAAAGAAAAGACAUACAGUACUAUGUGUGUCAGUGAAGGGGGCAGGGAUGUGAUGAUUCUCCAAUUGAUCGGGGGAAAACUUCAAGUCAUGGCCGCGACACCAGAGAAACUAAUAGAGCGGUUGACCGAUGAUGCGGAAAAGGACCCUACAUUCAUGGAUACUCUCCUCUUGACAUACCGAUCGUUCAUUAAACCGCUCGAAUUUUUCGAUCAGUUAGUAGCCCGGUUUAAUUCUGAGCUACCACCGGAUCCUUCUCCUGAAGAUGUCGAGUACUUCAAUAAGAUGAAGGUGCCAACGCAACGAAGAGUCAUUGCCGCCUUUAAAUGGUGGGUGAAACACCACUACCAUGACUUUGGAGUUGAUGGCUCCAUCAAAGCCGACUUGGAAGACUUUGUGGACCAAAUUCGAGAUUACAAUGACGGCGAGUUCGCAUCAGAUGCAGCCGAGCUAUACCGAAUAAUGGAAACCCAAAGCGAGGCGUACCAGGAGAUGUUCCACAACUACAAAACUGUGGAGCGAAGAGGCAAGACGAUUGAAGGAAUGGUUCAAGAGAUAUCCGUGGAGGACUUGAGUCAACAGCUUUGCAUUCAUAACUUCAAGUUGUUCCAUAACAUCCAUCCGAUCGAAUAUUUGAACCAGAUCUGGCAGAAGACGAAUGAAAGUUCCCCAUCAAUGAUUUAUUUCAUUGAAAGGUUCGACAAGGAGUCUUACUGGGCGAGCACGGAGAUCCUUAAAGAAAAGGAUCUAAAGAAGAGAACGAGUCUUCUUCGCAAGUUCAUUCUCACAGCAAAGAUGUGUCAAGAACUCAGUAACUUCUUCACAAUGUUUGCUCUUAUCGCGGGAUUGAACAUGCCACCUAUUCAACGAUUGAAGAAAACCUGGGAAGCGUUACCGGAUAAGGCCAAGAAGGCUUGGGCCGAGCUAGAAAAAGUGGCAGAUCCUUCACGAAAUAUGAAGAAUUAUCGAGAUCUGCUAAAUGCAGCUACUCCUCCCAUCGUCCCUUUCCUGCCCAUUUACUUGAAAGAUCUCACGUUCAUGAACGAUGGCAAUGAGUCGAAGAUCGGUACUGAACGUCAAAUGAUUAAUUUCGACAAACUUCGAAUGAUGGGCAACCGGGUCAAAGAUAUCUCUGGUCUCGCUCGGGUAGAGUACAGCUUCGAGCCCAAACCAGCAAUACAAAACUUCCUUGCCAAACCCCCGGUGGAGAAGAGUAUGACGAAACUGAAGGAGAUGUCCUUGGAGUGCGAAAAGUAGUAACACGCAGGGGCCGCAUAGUGGCACUCGGGUACAGAGGUUUCUACAAUUAGAUUUUUAACGUUUUUUUAUUUUGUUUGUUUUCGGAUUUACGGUGUUAUGUAUAUAAAUGAUUCCCCUUGAC